GUCGUCCCACAUUACAACCGUGCACAGCUGGCCAGCGUGGCGGAUUUGUUGGCUUUUCAUCAACGGCGUUCAAUGGGCGGCCAGGAGGCGGUGGUUAAUUUAGGGCUUAGCUGCCGGCUUUCCCUUCACAUCCAGGAGGCGGUGAAGACGGCGACGCGGUCCCUUUAAGGCCGAGGAUGGCGUAACGCGAUCCCGCAGUGAGUGCCUGUCAAGGCUGCCGCAGUAGCAGCAGCAAACAGCAGCAGUAGUUUCCACCGAAGAAGCACCCUGUGUGGGCGUGAGGGGGGCUCUCCCCGCCGCUGGGACCCGCGAGGAAAGAUGGGAGGGCCAGGCAAGCGGUCGCUGUAAGCCCUCUCAGACUGUCACUACGGGGAGGAGUUCUUGUAAUUUCCAACUGCUGAAUGUACAGGAUGGAUAAGGCUGAAGAAUGAUGGCUGCAUUCAAUAAACUCAAUUUGGGUGUUGCCGUUAGCAGUUUUGCUAUAUCUCAACUUCUCUUCCAUGUGCUAAGUUCUUGGAUUUCUGCACGUGUAACUUCUGGUUUUAGUAAUCUUGAUCAAAAGAAGAAGAUUGAAUGGAAUUCAAGGACAGUAUCAACAUUCCAUGCCUUGGUGGUUGGAUUAUUUUGUUUGUAUAUUUUAUUAUAUGAUGAAGCUGUUAAUGGCGACCGUGUUUGGGGUGAUCCUUCUACAGUGCAACUAAAUCUUGCUAUUACUUCAGGCUACCUCAUUUCAGAUUUGUUGCUUAUUAUUUUCUACUGGAAGGCGAUUGGGGAUAUAUAUUUUAUAAUUCACCAUUUAGUAGCUCUGUAUGCUUACUCCUUUGUACUGGGUAGAGGACUGCUGGCAUAUUUUGCUAAUUUUCGUCUGCUUGCAGAAUUCUCUACUCCUUUUGUGAAUCAGCGAUGGUUCUUUGAAGUCCUGGGGUAUUCCAAGGCUUCAAAAGCGAACAUCAUCAAUGGACUCCUAAUGACAAUUGCGUUCUUCCUAGGGAGGAUCAUAGUUAUCCCAAUUUAUUAUUCCAAUGUUGCUACUGAGUUUGGAACAGAAGCUUUCCACAAACUGGGAUUUGCAGCUCAAAGCGCCUGGUUUAUUUCCAGCAUUGUCUUGGAUGUCAUGAACUUAAUGUGGAUGGUCAAAAUUACAAAGGGAUGUUACAAAGUUAUUUGUCUUAUUGGACAAGGAGAAGCCAAAACUAAUAAGAAUGGCAAAUCUAACUAGAAGACCUUUAAUGAUGACAACACUCUUUAACAGCAACUUUGGGUUCAUCAAAAGAACAAUGCACACUGUUCCCAUGAAAACAUCCUGUAAAGGAAAUAAGGUAUUACCUCUGUUAAAUUUAGCCUUCCAUUUGGCACACUGCCUGGGCACCCAGAGCUACUUUAUGUGAAGACUUGCAUUGUGUGAAUGGGAAACAAUAACAUGCUGGGUAUAUCAACCUUGGCAGUGUGUUCUAAGCACUUAAUAGACAAAUGAACCCACAAAGGAACAAACUUUUCAAGCACUAUGUUCCUAUGAAUUUUCACUCAGGUUUCUUAGACUGAUGUGUUUUUAAUGCCUGUGAAUGUCAGGAUCUUUGGUUUACAUUCUGCUAAUAUGACAACUUUCCUGGCAUGUUUCUCUGCUUUCUUAAUGUUUGAUGUUCAUAACUGAGGUUUCAUCUUUUGCAACUUUUUUACUUUUUUGCAAGAAUUUUGUUUUGAGCCUAUAAUCUUUUAAAGCAUUUUCUGCUGCCUACUGUACAUGCACAUGACUUGGGAUUUAUAGAACAAUUUUACAUAAACAUAUAAAUUAGAAUUUGAGUUUUUUCUUUUUUAAAAAAUCAGUUACUUAUAUUGAUUCUUGUUGUACAUAAAGGAUAGCUACAGGUCCCCCCCUCAACUUUUUUUUUAAAGUAUCUGAAUUCCAGCAUAAGCUAGCAUGGUAAACAGUAUGGACAUAAGAAAAUUCUUGCACCAGUGUUCUUCUUUAUCAUGGCUAUUGGGACCUAUAUCUAUUUUUAAUGUAGUGUCAUAUAACUAAAAGAUUUCUGUGGUGUGUGAACAACUGAAGGAGUGAAAAUUUAAUGAAUUUGGAAUAUGUAAAUUGUCAUAAAAACCAUUGUGCUUGUUAUGAAAAA